AUGGCAGGACCGCCACGCAGCACCAUGAACCUCACCGAGCUUCAGUCGUCCCUGGACUCUCUGUACAGGCACGAUGAAGUCUUCGAUCCUGACGUCGACGACUUCAUUCCUAGAGAUAGCAAAGUCGCAAUUCAGCAUGGCCAGCGACAGCGACCUAGGACGUACUGGCGAGCACAAUGCAGUAUGCGUGGACUUUCCGACCAGGGGACGAUUCAGGAUAUGCAAGCCCGCUUAAGGAGCCGCAAGCAGGAUGCGGAUGCUUCACUGCGACAGGCGCAGUCGAAGAUUGAGAAAAUUGAUGUCCCCAACCAGGCAUGGAAACUUGUGGAUCAAAGACUGGAGACCGAGAAGAAAGCCAGUCAACAGACGCAUAAGAAACAUGCCAGUAUCUCCCGCGUAAUCGCAAAGACCUCAUCAACCCAAGACUUCGACAUCACCGGAGACUGGACCAUCUCCUCCAAACUCCAGGACCACCCAGCCUGCCCGCAAAACCACACCAUGACCAUGACCAUCAUGUUUGAUCUGGACUGCCCACCUAUCAUCAACAAGCGCGGCAACGUCUUCCCUCAAUACUGGGCGCGCUUCGACUUCGGAAUAGUGCGUGGCGUAAUGCGCAUGUCGAAGAACAAGCCCUGGGCACUGGAAGGACCUGUUCGGGAAGACAUUCAACGUCAAGGAUGGGUGUACAGAUGGCGCGGUCAUGGUAUCACCAAUGAUGCUCAGGAUUCGGAGAAGAAGCUGUAUCGUAUCAUUUUCAGCCCGGAUGGGAAGGAGAUGUAUGGCAAGUUCUCCAGUGCGGAGACCUCGUUGGUGUCAUUCUCGGGAAGGAAGGCGGAGAGUGGGAUGGCGAAGGCGAGAGAGGAGGGAAGCCAGGCGGAUUGGGAUGCUUUCAGGAAACCGGCUUUGAGGAGAUAG